AUGGGGGGCCUCUGGCCGUGGGUGCUGGGUCUGCUGUCUUUGCUAGAUUUGGUCCUAGGAGCACCUGCAGCCUCCAGCUGCCCGGGAGUCUGUGGGAGCAGCUUCUCAGAAGACCUGAUCCCUGAGGAGACUCAGAUGUCUUGGGACAAGGACAUUCCUGCGAUUAACCAAGGGCUCAUUCCUGAAGAAACACCCGAGAGCAGCUUUCUCCUUGAGGGGGACAUCCUCCGGCCGAGUCCCUUCCGCCUGUUUUCGGCUACAAGCAACAAGUGGCCCAAAAACGGGGGUGCAGUGGAGGUACCCUUCCUGCUCUCCAGCAAGUAUGAUGAGCCCAGCCGCAAGGUCAUCCUGCAGGCAUUUGCCGAGUUUGAACGCUUCACAUGCAUCAGGUUUGUUGCCUACCAUGGCCAGAGAGACUUCAUCUCCAUCAUCCCCAUGUCUGGGUGCUUCUCCAGCGUGGGGCGCAGUGGAGGGAUGCAGGUGGUAUCCCUGGCUCCCACCUGUCUGCAGAGGGGUCCGGGCAUUGUCCUGCAUGAACUCAUGCAUGUGCUGGGCUUCUGGCAUGAACAUUCAAGGGCUGAUCGAGACCGUUAUAUUCGUGUCAACUGGAAUGAGAUCCUACCAGGCUUUGAAAUCAACUUCAUUAAAUCUCGGAGCAGCAACAUGCUGGUGCCCUAUGACUACUCAUCUGUGAUGCACUACGGAAGGUUCGCCUUCAGCCGACGUGGGCUGCCCACCAUCACGCCACUCUGGGCCCCCAGUGCCCACAUUGGCCAGCGAUGGAAUCUGAGCAGCUCAGACAUCACACGGGUCCUCCGGCUUUAUGACUGCAGCCCGGGUGGCCCUGACCCCCGUGGGAGAGGGUUCCAGGCGCAUGGCAAUGGUGGGAGCCCCACUCCAGCCUCUGGACCACACCUGCAGCGGCUUCUGGAGGCAUUGCUGGCAGAGUCCAGGAGCCCCAACCCCAGCGACUCUAGGGCUGGAGAGAGCCCACCGGAGUGGGAGCCCCCAACCCUGGGGAAGUUCGGUGUGGAGGCCUCUGCAAGGUGGCCUCAGAGCUCAGCUUCCUCCACAAGCUCAAGGGCUGGUGCAGGUGCUCCUGCUGUUGCCCUGGACUCAUCCCAGCAGGCCCAAGCACCCACUGUCCCCCUAGUGUUGCCUCUAGAAGCAGAAGACCAGCCUGCACCUAUCCAGGCUGCUUUGGGGAACCCAGCUCUGGGUCACUUCAAGGGGACACCCAGAGGUCAAGCCUGUGGCUUCUGUGCCUAA